CCCUCGUUGCAUUACACAAUUGAAACGUGAGUUCAAAUUCCGCUCUCAGGCUCGCAAGACGUGAAAAUCAGCACGACGUCAAACUGAUAAUCGGUCUAAUCCUCAGCGACCUGCCCUGUGUUCUCGUCCGCCGGUCUCAAGAUUUUCCGUUGCAGAUGCGGCGGGAAAAUAUAAAAAACGAAACGGCCGUGAAGCAAUUUUCGCAAUGUAAGUAUUUUGAUCAAUAUGUCACUACGCUGUGCUUCCAUGGCGGAUUUGGCGACUCGCUUCACGAAGACGGGCAGCUUCAACCUCGCCGUUUCAAUAUGCAGGAGACAUCGGUUCCGGCUUCUUCACUCCCCACCCGUAAUAACUCUCAUUCCCAAGAGUGUAUCUGGGUCAUCUCAUACUUUUGCCUCCAUGGCGAAACCCAGUAAUUCUUAUACCCCAUAUCGGACAUGGAACAAAAAGAUCUCUCAGUUGAUCCGUAGUGGCCGUCUUGAGGAAGCAAGGGCGUUGUUCGAUACCGCGAAGCACCGAAAUACUGUUACUUGGAACACUAUGAUUAGUGGGUAUGUGCGGCGAAGGGAGAUGGCGAAGGCACGGAAUCUGUUCAAUGAAAUGCCCGAGAGAGAUGUUGUGUCGUGGAAUUUGAUGAUAUCGGGUUACGUAUCUUGUCGCAGGAUUAGGUAUAUCGAUGAGGGGAGAUAUUUGUUUGAGCGGAUGCCUGAGAGAGAUUGUGUUUCUUGGAACACGAUGAUCAGUGGGUACAUGCAGAGUGGGCAGAUGGCCGAAGCUUUGUCCCUUUUUGAUAGUAUGCCCGAGAGGAAUGUUGUGUCUUGGAACGCAAUGAUCACUGGUUUUUUACAGAAUGGUGAUGUGUCCAGUGCGGUUGAGUGGUUUGAGAGAAUGCCUGAACGGGACUCGGCUUCUCUUAGUGCACUUGUGUCAGGUCUCGUUCAAAAUGGGGAGCUAGAUAAAGCUGCGGAAGUUUUGGUUGAAAGUAGGACAGGGGAUGAUGGCAGGGAAGAUUUGGUCCAUGCUUACAAUACUUUAAUUGCUGGGUACGGUCAGAGGGGAAGGGUUGAUGAAGCUCGAUGCCUUUUUGAUCAAAUCCCAUUUUAUGAUAAACGAGGAGAAGAAAACGUUGGGAGGUUUAUGAGAAAUUUGGUUUCGUGGAAUUCUAUGAUUAUGUGUUAUGUGAAAGCAGGGGAUCUUAUUUCUGCUAGGUGUCUUUUUGACCAAAUGAUUGAACAAGAUACUUUCUCGUGGAACACUAUGAUUAGCGGCUAUGUUCACAUGUCAGACAUGGAAAGUGCCUUGAAUCUCUUCCAUAAAAUGCCAAACCCUGAUACAUUAUCAUUUAAUUCUAUUAUCUCUGGGUUUGCUCAGUUGGGCAAGUUGGAACUUGCUCAAGAUUUCUUUGAAAGGAUGCCCCAAAAGAACCAAGUAACUUGGAAUUCCAUGAUAUCUGGGUAUGAGAAAAAUGGGGACUACAGAGAUGCAAUUAGGCUGUUCACUCAAAUGCAAAAUGAAGGAGGGAGGCCUGAUCGACACACCUUGUCUUCGCUUCUCAGUGUGUGUGCUGGCUUUGUUGCUUUACAUCUAGGUAUGCAGUUCCAUCAGCAGGUUAUCAAGGCAGUUAUUGCUGAUGUGCCAAUAAACAAUUCCCUCAUUACCAUGUAUUCAAGAUGUGGGGAGAUAAUUGAGGCACGGGCCAUUUUUGAUGAGAUGAACUUGCAAAAAGAUGUAAUUUCUUGGAAUGCAAUGAUUGGAGGAUAUGCAUCCCAUGGUUUUGCUUCUGAGGCUCUUGAUCUUUUUCGAGUGAUGAGGAGGAAUAAAGUACGACCCACUUAUAUUACAUUUAUAUCUGUUUUGAAUGUGUGUGCUCACGUAGGGUUAGUGGAAGAGGGCCGGAGGCAAUUCAAAUCCAUGGUUUGUGAAUUUGGCAUUGAACCAAGGGUUGAACACUAUGCUUCUAUUGUUGACAUUGUAGGCCGGCAUGGGCAGCUAGAAGAGGCCAUGGGUUUAAUCAAUAGCAUGCCAUUUGAGCCAGAUAGGGCCGUGUGGGGUGCUUUGCUGGGUGCUUGUAGGGUGCAUAACAAUUUAGAAUUGGCUCAGGUGGCAGCUGAAGCAUUAAUGAACCUUGAACCAGAAAGUGCAGCCCCAUAUGUGUUGUUAUACAAUAUGUAUGCUGAUAUGGGACAAUGGGACGAUGCAACAGAAGUGAGAAUGAUGAUGGAAAAGAAUAAUAUCCAAAAGCAGGCAGGGUCUAGUUGGGUGGGUUCCACUCAAUGUGAAUAAUAUUUGUGCAUGGAUUGGAAGUUGCAAUCAUGGUAUUUGAGAUUUGAUCUAUAUGAUUUGUUGUUAUAUUUGGAAACCAUAAAUUUGUAGAUUUGGGGGUACUCGGACUGUAGUACUGUUACAUUGGAAAGAAUGUUAGAUCAUAAAGAAGCUAUCACAUUAUACUUCAGUUGGGCCUGCCUCUUUCGAGGGUCUCAUUUCUUUGGAGUUUGAUUCAUAACGGUGUCAGGCUUGAUGUACUCGGGAGAAAUAAAUCUUGAUAGAAAUGGUCAUCUGAAGAAGCAAAAUAAAUGUUUGUUCAUUAUGGGCUUCUUUUGUAUGCAACUACAAGCAGACUCAUUGCUCUAGCCUAGAAUAUGACUAUUCUGACGUGGGCUGCAUGGGCCUUUAAUUUUUGUAUUGGAUUGAUUAUUGCAUUGGCUGACUGUAAAGAUAGAGCGAUUUUUACAUUAUAUACUUAAGAGACAUGAAGCAAUGCUGCCAUGAUUUUUCUGGCAGAGGACUAAAUUACUCUAGUGCAGUUUAUGGACCCCCACAUCUGUUGAUUACAAAAUAUUCUUACGAGUCAUUUUUUAUGCACUAGUGGGAAAUUUGAUUGGUUUACCAUUGAUGUCGUUGCAGUUGCGGAAGCUUGAACUGGCUGAUGCACACUAAACCAGAACAUAUGCUAGUCUCAGACACAUGCUUGGCCCCAACUUUCGAUAUAUACUCCUCCAACAUGUCUCCCAUACUAUGAAGUCCAGCAAUGAGAAUUUGUCAACAUUAAUUGGGCAACUCAACAUGCAAUAAACAGCCAUGCUAUAAGACGCCCCAGCUAUGAACACAGCGUGGAAGAUAGCAAGUUCAUUGGACAUACUGGCAAUAGUACACAGGAGCAUGCUCAUCUUGUUCAGUGAUGGACACAAGAAGGCUCUUAAAGGAAUAUUGAAGAAUUUCCAAGGCUUCUAUAAAGUGAAUACUGUUUUCGCAAGACAGCAUAUUGAUAUUUUCUGCUUGCAGCUGGAGACCACAGUCAGUGACACAAAAGGGGAUUUUGCCAGAGCUUAUUUUGGUUUGUGAGGGACUGAAGGCCCAAGCUUUUGUAUGUUCAGAUGGGUGCUGACAAAGGUGGUGGUAUGACACUAUAACCCUCUAUAGUUUGGCUAGGGCCAUGAAAUGGAUGAGCUGGCCUUUGGCCAUCAAUGGGAACACCACAAAGUUAUUUUUAAAACUCUGCUGCUUGUAGCCAUUUCAGAUGGCAGAGGGAGGAGCAGCUGGCUCUCUUGAAUCUUUGUGGUUGUAACAGUACUCAUAAUGACAAAAUGUUAAAUGGUUUGGAAGCAAAGUUUGUUUUAAUGUUAGUUUCCAGCAUUUACUUCUGUUGAAA